AAGCAACCACAGCGCUUCCCAGGAUGCUCUGCACAGCACGGAGAGUCAUACCGCACCAGCUGCGGCGGCAAAUCGCUCAGGCAACGACCACCACAAGCCCGUCGGCAUUCUUGAGCCCCGCAGCACUUCGGCGGCUUGCCUCGACUCUCGCAAUUCUCGAGCAGAGGGAAGGGAAGCUCAACCAUGGAUCGCUGAGCGCCAUCGCGGCAGCUCAGAAGAUUGGUGGCUCAGUACAUGGCUUCGUGGCUGGGAGCAGCAUCAAGCCGGUAGCAGAGGAGGCAGCGACGGCAGAGGGCGUCGAGAAGAUCAUAGCUGUGGACAGCGGCGCCUACGACAAGGGUCUGGCAGAGAACUUCGCCCCCCUCCUGGUCGAGAACAUCAAGAAAGGCGGCUACACGCACGUCAUCGCAGGACAUACUGCAUUCGGCAAGAACUUGAUGCCCCGCGUCGCCGCACUGCUCGACUCCCAGCAGAUCUCCGAUAUCACGGCCGUCGAGAGCGAGAAUACCUUCGUGCGCCCCAUCUACGCCGGCAACGCGAUCGCCACUGUCGAAUCCUCGGACCCCAUCAAGAUCAUCACCAUCCGCGGCACGGCGUUCGCGCCUGCCGAGCUUGGGAAGGGCUCUGCGGCUGUGGAGGAUGGCGUAGACCCCAAGGUCGAGUCCCAGACCGAGUGGGUGUCUGAGGACCUGGCCAAGUCUGACAGGCCUGACCUGGCGACGGCCGGCAAAGUUGUGUCUGGUGGACGGGGUUUGAAGUCAAAGGAGGAGUUCGACAAGGUCAUGCAGCCACUGGCGGACACGCUUGGUGCGGCGAUUGGUGCGUCACGUGCGGCUGUUGACAGUGGGUAUGCGGACAACAGCUUGCAGGUUGGACAGACGGGCAAGGUGGUUGCGCCACAGCUGUAUAUGGCCGUGGGCAUUUCUGGGGCUAUCCAACACUUGGCGGGUAUGAAGGACAGCAAGGUUAUCGCGGCGAUCAAUAAGGAUGCUGAUGCGCCCAUUUUUCAAGUAGCGGAUGUUGGCUUGGUGGGAGAUCUUUUUGAGAAGGUCCCUGAGCUGACGGAGAAGCUAAAGAAAUAGAUUUAUAUAUUUUAUAGAUUAUGUAUAUUUGAAGAUACCGGAUACAGCAUUCCAAUGGUAAUUCUCGCGCGAGCAGCAGAGAAACAGACAAUCUACUACCAAUGCCUCUGAUGCUGCUGCUGGUUGCUCUAUGAGUUUGCCGUGGAUAUAGACAAAGGCAGCAUGUCUUCGAUAGUGGUGAAUUUCUCCCUCUCUUUGCCCUUCUGUCUGCCUUUCUCCCUCUCAGCUCUGUCAAUGGCCAACCAGCCCUCCCAGCCCACAGCACCAUACGCCAGAUCCUGACCAUUUUCACUCCUCACUCCCUCCCACCCAGCGCUCCCUGCCACCCAGCCAUUAGCAGGUGCAGCAGUCGUGCUGUCGGACAGGAACGCUGCACCCGCCUUCCAAUCCGCAGCAAUAGCCGCCGCCGUCGUAAA